CUCUUGCAUUGUAUGGACCUACAGAGCUGAGAUAUUCUUAUAAAAUAAUUUGUUUGUGUUCAGCCGAAGAAAUAAAGUCAUACACACCUAGGAUGGCAUGAGGGGAGGGAAAGGGACCAGUAUCCUCCCCGUGUUGCCUGGAUGCCCGUUGACUUGGUGAUCUCUCCUCCGCUGUGGACAGACAUGCACGAGAGCGAGAUGAGGUUGAAGAUGCGCGUCAGGCGCAUCAAGGAAGGGCGAGAUUUGAGAGGUGGCUUUGCAGCAUUCUCCUCGUGUUUUCCUGACCUGUGUGAAAGUAAACAAGCCACUAUUCUGCCUAUCAGCUUGUCCCAACCCUGCCUACCUGUGGCGAAUGUCGGGCCCACCCGUAUCCUGCCCCACCUGUACCUGGGCUCCCAAAGAGACGUCCUCAAUAAGGAACUGAUGGCUCAGAAUGGAAUCACCUACGUUCUGAAUGCCAGUAACACCUGUCCCAAACCUGACUUCAUCAGCGAAAACCACUUCCUGCGCAUUCCCGUCAAUGACAGCUACUGCGAGAAGUUACUUCCUUGGUUGGAGAAAACCAAUGAGUUCAUUGACAAAGCCAAGGUGUCAAACUGCAGUGUCAUCGUCCAUUGCUUGGCUGGCAUAUCCCGUUCUGCAACCAUUGCCAUUGCUUACAUAAUGAAAACUAUGGGACUGUCAUCAGAUGAUGCCUACAGGUUUGUGAAGGAUCGUCGACCAUCAAUAUCUCCAAAUUUCAACUUCUUGGGUCAGCUGCUGGAGUUCGAAAGAGCCUUGCAGAUGAAGAAUCAUGUACCAUGUGAUCCCAUGAGGUUAGCGGAGCAGCAUGAAGAGGUGGAGAGGUUAAAAAAGAUGGAGCAGCAGAGUUCAGAGAGAACUACAGAAGCUACAGAGAUCACCACAAAGCCUCCAUCGCCUACCUCACUACAGAAGGAACUGAGCUCCCUUCAUCUCUCCACAGAGCGAAUCCUUCAAAACAAAAGACUCAAGUGCUCCUUCUCUCUCAACAUCAAGUCUGUUUACUCCUUGAAUCAAAACCAGCAAUCCUUUUCCAAUCUCUCGUCAUCAGACUCUGAAAGCAUACCCAAGUUCUGCAGACUCAACAGCUAUAAGAGCGCUAACAGUGUGUGUCAGUAUCCUUCAAUGGUGGACUGCCCAAGCAAAGUAAGUCACCAAAGAGAGAGACAAGAAAAUGGCAGCUUUGAGAGGUUAUCUUCCACCACUCUUUCCCUCAAUCUGAAGCAGGCCAAUUGUGGGCCAAGAACUCAGGAUUCCAUUUGUGAGACCAACUUGAAGGCGCCGUCUUUCCUCAGCUUGCCGCUGGGUACAUCUGCUACUUGGACCACGCACAGAGGCUCCAAUCAGGCCACCACCCCUAUCACACCAACGAAUGACUGCCCUUGGUUCUUAGGCUCUAAUUUGGCACCAUCUGGAACAGCGAUGGGGAGCUCAGUGCACUUUGGCAGCAGUCCGGGAUAUACAGCAUUCAGCUGCAACAGCCAGUCUGGCACCACCAGCCCCGGCAUACAAAGAAGGGAUAAAACGCAAGAACCCCAGGACUUUCAGAACAGCUGGCUUGAGGAAAGGCAGGCGGUAGUGUGUAGUGUAUCACAAGUGGACACAAAGUACAAGCGGCGCAGCUGCCAAAUGGAGUUUGAAGAGGGUAUUAACACAACGCAAAGCAGUGAGGAAUUCGGGAAGCUGGGGAAGCAGUCAAAUUUCUCUGGUAGCAUGGAGGUCAUUGAGGUAUCAUAACAGAGAUGACAAUAAACUGCAGUAGUGUUGUUUAUCAUAAAGGCAAUAACCCCCAUUGGAAUGACUGAAGAGAGCAAUAAACUGUUUAUUCAUCACAAAUUUCUGUUGUUAAAGAGCUUUUGAGGGAUUUGUUUCUACCCUCUUUCAUUGCCAUUCAUUUGAACAUGGGUUGAAAGAGAUGUAGUGGAGGAAAAGUAAAACGGAUAAACUAAAGAUGAUAUCCAUUGUUUUGUAGCGAUGUAGUGUUGAUGGUGCUGGAGUACCAGUGAAUUUUAGAGACCUUAUGGACUAUAUAACAUGCACGCCAAAGACCUCACAGAGGGACCUUAUUCUGGCAUGUCAUCCAAAGGUACACUCAAAAUAAAGGACAUGUAGCAUGAUCAUACAAAGAUGUUAAACAUGAAUGAAUGAUUGAAGUGUGUGUUUAUGCUGAUUUCAUGCAAAUUAGGGCAACUUAAAGGUGACUUUUUCUGUCUGAAGGGGAACCCAACUUAGAGAUGUAAUUGGUGUGCAACAUUUUUUUUUCAGUGCCCAAUGUUAUAUUUAUGUUCUAUAAAUUGAGUAAUAAGGGCAAUUGCAUUCAAUAAUGUUAUUAUUCAGUGUUAUCAUCAAUUGUAUCCACUAUGUAAUAGGAGAGUGAAAAUAUGAAGUAUAUGUUCAAGCUGAGAUUCUUUCAGUUCUACUACUGUGCAGUGAGCAUGCUCAGGAUGGCUGGCUACCUACAAUAAUAUAUGCUGCUUCCAGCAGCACUAUGUACUAAGCUGUAAAUCUAGACAUUUUUGCAUAUAUAUGUGUAAAUGAAAUUUACUUAAUUCAGUAUUUAAAAUGUCACUCAUUGUUGCUUUAAUUUAUUUUAUUGGUUUCAUUCUGGCAAUGAGCAAUAAUAUAUUAUUUGAAAACCUU